CUUGAAGGAUAAAGGACAGCCUGGGGCUGCGGCUCUACAACUCUCUGGGAUGAGGGUGUCUCCCACCUGAAGAGGACGGGCUGGGUCCCAAGCUAUGCUCCUUAGCUGAGUGUCUGAAGCCAGCCCGAGGGACUCCAUGGCACCCCCUCUCCCCAUGGAGAAAGGACUCGCUUUGCCUCAGGAUUGCCGGGACCUGGUACACAGCCUGAAGGUUCGAGGCAGAUACGUCCUGUUCCUGGCAUUUGUCCUCAUAGUUUUCAUCUUCAUUGAAAAGGAAAAUAAAAUUAUAUCCAGGGUCUCCGACAAGCUGAAGCAGAUCCCUCAAUUUGUAGCAGAUGCCAACAGCACCGACCCAGCCCUGCUCUUAUCUGAAAAUGCAUCUCUCCUGUCCCUGAGUGAGUUGGACUCCACCUUCUCCCAUCUGCGGAGCCGCCUGCACAACCUGAGCCUGCAGCUGGGCAUGGAGCCAGCAAUGGAGGCCCAGGACCAGGAGGCUGUGGCAGGGAAGCCAUCCCAGCAGGCUGGAGCAGGGACCCGGAGGCACGUGCUUCUCAUGGCCACCACCCGCACGGGCUCCUCGUUCGUAGGUGAGUUCUUCAACCAGCAGAGCAAUAUCUUCUACCUCUUCGAACCACUGUGGCACAUCGAGCGCACCGUGUCCUUCCAGCAGGGAGGCGCCAACGCGGCAGGCUCGGCGUUGGUCUACCGCGAUGUCCUCAAGCAACUGUUGCUGUGUGACCUGUACGUGUUGGAGCCCUUCAUCACCCCUCCGCCCGAGGACCACUUGACUCAGUUCUUGUUCCGCCGGGGAUCCAGCCGCUCGCUCUGCGAGGAUCCGGUGUGCACACCCUUCGUCAAGAAGGUCUUCGAGAGGUACCACUGCAGGAACCGUCGCUGCGGGCCACUCAACGUGACGUUGGCGGCCGAGGCCUGCCGCCGCAAGGACCACAUGGCCCUCAAGGCCGUGCGCAUCCGUCAGCUGGAGUUCCUGCAGCCGCUGGCUGAGGACCCAAGGCUGGACCUGCGAGUCAUCCAGUUGGUGCGUGACCCCCGGGCCGUCCUGGCUUCACGUAUAGUGGCCUUCACAGCCAAAUAUGAGAGCUGGAAGAAGUGGCUGUCCGAGGGGCAGGACCAGCUGAGCAAGGAUGAGGUGCAGCGGUUGCGGGGCAACUGUGAGAGCAUCCGCCUGUCUGCAGAGCUGGGUCUGCGGCAGCCAGCCUGGCUGCGCGGUCGCUACAUGCUGGUGCGCUACGAGGAUGUGGCACGCAGGCCACUCCAGAAGGCACGAGAGAUGUACGGCUUCGCAGGCAUCCCCUUGACCCCGCAGGUGGAGGACUGGAUCCAGAAGAACACGCAGGCGACACGGGACAGCAGCGACCUCUACUCCACUCAGAAGAACUCCUCGGAGCAGUUUGAGAAGUGGCGCUUCAGCAUGCCCUUCAAGCUCGCGCAGGUGGUACAGGCUGCCUGCGCCCCGGCCAUGCGCCUCUUCGGAUACAAGUUGGCCAGGGAUGCUGCCUCACUCACCAACCGCUCCAUCAGCCUCCUGGAGGAGCGGGGUACCUUCUGGGUCACGUAGUGGGGGAUGUCCGGGACCCUUGGAACCCCUUCUCAUGAAAGGCUGGCCCUGCUUCCCUCACACCUAGCCUGGCAGUGAGACACAGCCCUGACAGAGAGUCAAAAUGGGGCACGGUGAGAGCGGAGCCCCUGGCUGUAGCGGUAGGCCCCCUGCCAGCUAGAUUCCCCAGCGCAGCUACAGCUAAGGCCUUGGGGCGCUUCUGAGAUCAGCAGCACCCUGUCUCUGUAGGGGUACUGGUCAUAAGGCGGGGACACCUUAUGACCUGCCGUGUCCCGAGGUUCCUAUAUGUGGACACACCUCCCUGGCUCUUUCUCACACGGUCACAUAAACUAUACACAGAGCACAUAAAGGCCUGUAGGCUGUGUGGGCCAGCGUCCAAGUAUUUAACAACCAGAAGGGGCUUAGGCCCCCUCCAGUCACUCAGACCUCCUACUGUAUUAAGUGUUAACCUCUUCCACUCUGAGUCAGACAAGCCUGGACCUGGAUGAGCCCUUGGAAAGAGGAGGACAGCCUAGAGUGGGGAAGGGGGCAUCUGAAGCUCCUCAGGGAACAAUAGUUGUUUGCUAGCUGAUAGAAAAUGGUUUGAUUAGCUGUUCUUGUCACUCCUGAGUAUCAGCCUGUGUAGAGCAAGACACACAAGGUGCAGGUAAAACAGACAAGGCUGGGGGCCGGGGGAGGGGGGUUUGUGUGGCUCAGUGGUAAAGCCCUUGUCUCUCAUGCCCAGGGCCCUAGGUGUGAUUCCCAGCACUAUAAAUAUAAGGGGAAAUAAGACAUACAUAUAUGUGCAGCACAGAGAGGGACAGAAAAGCAUAAUAAACACAUUCCCCCAUAAACACACUCCUCUCUCUCACACACACACAUGCACACCACAUACACACACGCACACCACACACAUGCACACACACCACAUACAUGCACACACUGGUGCAGAAAAACUUCCUAUCUCCAUUAUUUCACACUCACCAUGAUUUGGGGGGUUUGAGGUUUUUUUUUUUUUUUUUUUUUUUUUUUUUUUUUUUUGGUUUUGUUUUUCUGUAUCACACAUCUAAACAAGGAGCCUUAAAUUACACUUUUUAGGAUUAUGUGAAGAGGUUGUUUAUUCAAGGACAAUGACACUUUGCCCUGACCAGAGCUGGAAAGGAAUAAUGGUCUCUGAACCAUCGAUGAGCAUCUUAGGUUGUCAUGGUUACCUCCUCUGAUCCAUCCACAGGCUCCAGCUGGCAGGCAGGAUAUUUAGAGAUGGCAUGGGUCACCUUCCUAUGACUACAGGUGAAAGGCCCCAUCUUGCCCACUCCUGGGGAGCAUGCUGGCUUUUGAAGGCUUUUUGAGGCCUAACCAGUGGGCUCAGCUUCAGCUCCAGAAAGAGAAAGAGGGCUCAAGGGCCUGCUGUCUCUAGCCAGGCCUCUAAGACAAGCUUAGAACUUCAGAGUGCUCUGCAAGGGGAAGUCACAUUAGGACAUAGCCUGCCAUUUCCCUCUUAGUUGACAGAGGUCAACCCUCAGGUUGCCAUGGUUACAGCUAGUGUCUAAAAAGUGUCUGCUUUAGGACUUUGGGGAGAGAUGUGCUGAACUCAGGAUGGGCAGGUAUCUUAUUUGGGUUUUAAAGGUUAUUUAUAGCUUGGUGCUGUUUUGAACUUUGUUUCUGUAAAGCUACUCAGAAGCAGUUGGGUUUGACGAUCAGGGGAGGCUGAAACCAGCAGGGAAAAGGAUAGUCUAGGAAGAACUUCCCCUAGGAGGGUUGGAGUCAUGCAGAGCCCCCAGGGUCCCACGUGUUCUGUGUGAACUUCAUGUGGAAUGACUCUCAGAAGCUGCCUUAGGCCCUGGGCCUGCUCAGCAUGUGCAGUUUGUCUAUUGUGUAUGAAGCCCUGGGUUCUGGGCCCUGCACCACAUG